CAUUUUGACCUAAUGUAGUGAGAUCACAUGAUAAGAAAAUGGCCGCUGUCGGAUAGGUCCACUUACUUACGGAUGUAAUGUAACAUUUUGGUUGAAAGGACUUCGGCUAGAUUUACCGAUCAGCCUGUUUUGAGAUUAUUAUUUAUAAAAAAAAUGUAUCACAGUUUACACGAACAUGGAGGAAUGUUUAAUAACUGAACUAACGAUGGGAUAUAUUCAAUUGUGCUCAAUAGUGCUCCUGACAGUGACGUCAGUGUCUGUCUCUGCAAUUUCAGAUGGCAACUUCACUUUGACUGUGAGUAGCUCUUCACCAGCCAUCUUCGGAUCUCUAAUUCACUUUGAGGCAGUAGUGUUUGGAUUCCAGAGCGAAGUUCCACAUCAUGAUUCUCCAUUCCGCCUUCAGUGGACUAGCAAUGUAUCUUUUGGCGAUGUGGAAACUACAUGGACCAAUCAGAGUUCCAGCAUUGUGAGGUGCUACAAGACCAAGGUUAAUACGUAUAGGAUGACUGUUGAAUUGUGGCAAUACGUGUCUGACUUGAAGAAAAUCGGAUCCAACUACGUGGACUUUAAUAUCACAGAUUCACUGAAUGGAUAUUUGAAUGCAACACAGAAUACAGGAUUUAGAAAGAAAACAAAGCAUGAACACAUUUUCUCCACAAAAGAACCAGUUGAGCUGUUUGUAAAUGUAACAGACAGUUUUAGAAGUCCCCCAACAAUGAUGUGUAAUUGGUACAUUGAUGAUAAAUUAUUAGAGACACACAAUUGUUCGAAACUUGUUUGUGAGUUUAACAAAACUGAGAGACACACAAUUAAAGCUGUUGCCAUGGUGAACACAGAUGGGUAUGAAGACUGCAGUGGGAAACGCUAUGAAAAGGACCCAAAUGGAACUUUUUAUAUGACUGUUCACAUGAAAGAUCCUGUGGGUUACUUGUUUAUGCUUGGCAAUAAGACAGUUCAGCUGGGACAAGGUAUCAACCUCACAGCCAUCUGGCAGCAGGGAAGUCCUCCAUUUAACUUCACCUGGCUACUGAAGGAAGAACAUGGGGAUAGGGUGCUGAACCAUUUCAGUCACACUCUGACGAGCACCAGUUCUAAUAUUUCUCUAAGUGCUAGCAUGCUGCCAGCGGUUGGUCGAUAUGAUCUUAUGGUUUAUGUAGAAAAUGAUGUGAGCAUGAUCUCUUACCGACAACUACUACUAACAGUGCAUAAAGAAAGAACAGACCCUGAGCACAGUCCGUACACCGUGGUGCUCUCAGUGAUUGGUGGCUUGGUUACUAUGACGAUCAUUGUUCUGGUGUUUGUGAAAGCGAGAGAGGUCCAAGAGAGACGCCGUCACAUUGAGACUGCAGACUUUGACUUCCAUCCUAACCUGCUAAGCUCCAGCUAUGUGGCCGCCGGCACUUCAGGUGAGACUGUGUCUGAAAAGUGGACAACUCUUCUGGGUAGGCUGGCUGGACUGUGCAAGUCUGCAGAGGGCAUGUCCAAGAUGUCAACCAGUGGCUACAAGCCUCUGAGAAAGUAUGGUACUAUGGAGGGAUCAAUCAAUGCAUAAUUCUGACUUGUGAUUUAACUUGUAUAAUUAUUUUUUUCUAGUUAAACAUGUGUGUAAUUUUGCCUGAAAGAACAAAUCAAAAUCUGUUUAUUAUUAUUUAGUUUUAUGUAAAUACCGUUUUGCGUUUUGGUAAGUUAUUCAUAUCUGAGAUUGUAUUUAACUCAUAUCAGGUAUUUGGCCAUGUUUCGUUUAUGGUUAAUUCUUUAUAUAUAUUUUUAUCUCAACUGGGCACAAUGUGCUGUUAGAGCUUUUGUGAUAACCUUUUGUCCAUCAUCUGUCGUUCAUGAUGCGUAGUCAACAAUAACCUUGUGAAUCUUUAGAGGCCACAUUUUGUGCAAAAUCUUCAUGAAACUUGGUCAGAACAUUUGUCCCAAUGAUAAUUGACCAAACUUGGUCAUGUGGGGUAAAAAAUAGGUCACUAGGUAAACUUAAAGAAAAAGCUUGUUGACACUCUAGAAAUAUUUAUAACCCCAAAUAAUGAAACAUGCACAGAACAUUUGUAGUAAUGAUAUUGAGUUUGAACAUGGUUCUGGUCUAUUAUAAAUCAUGGCAUCCAGGGGCAGGGCAGUUUUCCAUAUAUGGUCGUAUGAAAACCUUAUGGAAAUUCGACAAGUCUCAUUUAUUGCCCAAUCUUCAUGAUGCUUGCUUAGAAAUGUGUUCUUAUGCAAUCUCGGCAAAUUUCAAAAUUAGUUUUGGUCCAUUGGAAGAUACGGCUGCCAGUAGACAUAGAAGUUUUCUUCAUAUGGCAAUAGUUACACCUUGUGAACACUCUGCAUAAAACAUUUAUUUCCCAAUCAUCAUGGCGCUUGCUCAGGUGAGUGACCAAUAUCCUUUUGUUUAAUAUAAUGCAGCUUGUUAUGUUUUUGAGAAAAAAAAAGUUAUGUUUCAUGAAGAGUGUUUUGACAAACAUAGUAAGUUAUUAACAGCAAGGUAUAGUAAUAUUGAAAUCCAGUAUAUUUCAACUUGCACAACCCUUUAACGAGGUCCUCUGUUUUUCAGUUGCAUAGCAUUAACAAUUUAGUUUCUUAUGUGCUUGUGACAUAAGAUUAUAUUUGCUGGUUUUAAUAAUAACUUUGCAAAACAGUGAUUGCUGUGGGUUAUUUAUACUUUGAUUUCCACCUUAGCAGUAUACAUAUAUACAUACAUUUGAGACAUCUAUCUACACACAUGUUUCUCACCUAAUCUAAGUCAUGUCUAUAUUCUCCAAGGCACUCGUAGAUAAACAAUCAACACAUGUGACAUUAUGUUCUUGUAUAGCUCACUUAGCUUAACUUAACCAUGAACAUGCAGGCAAAAAGUAACUAAACCUCCUGGUGGCAAUGUUAAUUGAUGAAAUGCAAUUAAUGUGUUCCCUAUGAAAAAGAGUCACUGAACAACUAUUAAUGUAAAAUACCAAUCAAAUCAUGUGGUUGGUUGCGACUGCUAGUGAGAUCAUGAUUGUAGUAUACAUUCUAUUAUUAUUCUUUUGUGCACCUGAGAAAACUUUGCAGAUGAAGAAUCUUCUGUGUGAUGAAUAGCAAUGAUCUCUCAUAUCCUAGUGGCCAUUUCAUCUACUGGUAUGUUUGCCGCACAGUUGCAAGUGUAAGAUGUACUUUCUAAUGUUAUUUUGAAACUCAAAUGUGGAUGUUGCUUCUUCAUAUUUUUUACUGAAACUGGACAUUAAAUUGUUGCAAAUGCAAUUCCAUUUAACAUUGCAACAGCAACUGCAGUGCAAGCAUAUGUGAACCAGCUUUUAUAAUAAGUAUUAUCACACAUUUGUUUACAGAUUCUGCUAAAACAUGAGUAAUUAAAGUUGAAGUAAAGCACACUUCUUAAAUAUAUUCUUUGAAUAUGACACAUUUUGUGAUUUCCUUUGCGUGUUAGUGUAGUUUUAUGUUGACAUAUACAAGAAUGUGCAAUAGCAAUUUGAUGGAUGAAUUGUAUGUAAAAGUUCACUUCUUAUGAAGAGUGACUAGAUUUGACAUCUGUGAUAUUUCUUAUUUGAUUGUCAGAAUCUUUGAUCUAACAUAUAUUUAUGCCCCUUUCAAAGAAGAGGGGAGUAUAUUGUUUUGCUGGAUGUCUGUCUGUCUGUCGGUAGACCAGUUGGUUUUUGAGCAAUAACUCAUAAACGAAUUUGCUGAUUUGCUUGAUACUUCACAUGCACAUUAGGCUUGGACAGUUGAUGACCCCUAUUGAAUUUGGUCUAUAGGUCAAAGGUCACUGUCACAAUAAGUGUCAAAAUUGUUUCCGAUCAAUAACUCAAAAACUAAACAAAUGACCAAUUGGUUUGAUACUUCACAUGUGCAUUGGCCUUGGACAGUAGAUUACCCCUUUUUAGCUCACCUGUCACGAAGUGACAUGGUGAGCUUCUAUGACCGUGUGAUGUCCGGCGUCCGUAUGUGCGUGCAUGUAUGCUUGCGUCCUUCAACAAUUUAAUUGUGUAGACAGUAGAGGUUACAGUUUUCAUCCAAUCUUUAUGAAAUUUGGUCAGAAUGUUUAUCUUGCUGAUAUCUGGGUUGGGAUUGUAUUUGGGUCAUCUGGAGUCAAAAUCUAGGUCACUAGGUCAAAAACUAGGUCACAUAAUAGGUCAAAUAAUAGAAAAACCUUGUGUAGACAAUAGAGGUCGCAGUUUUCAUCCAAUCUUUAUGAAAUUUGGUCAGAAUGUUUAUCUUGAUGAAAUCUGGGUUGGGGUUGUAUUUGGGUCAUCUGGAGUCAAAACUAGGUCAAACACUAGGUCAAAUAAUAGAAAAACCUUGUGUAGACAAUAGAGGUCGCAGUUUUCAUCCAAUCUUUAUGAAAUUUGGUCAGAAUGUUUAUCUUGAUGAAAUCUGGGUUGGGGUUGUAUUUGGGUCAUCUGGAGUCAAAACUAGGUCAAACACUAGGUCAAAUAAUAGAAAAACUUUGUGUAGACAGUAGAGGUCACAGUUUACAUCCAAUCUUUAUGAAAUUUGGACUCAGAAUGUUUGUCUUGAUGAAAUCUGGGUUGGGAAUGUAUUUGGGUCAUCUGGGGUCAAAAUCUAGGUCACUAGGUCAAAUGGUAGAAAAACCUUGUGUAGACAGUAGAGGUCACAGUUUUCAUCCAAUCUUUAUGAAAUUUUGUCAGAAUGUUUAUCUUGAUAAAAUCUGGGUUGGGAUUAUAUUGGGGUCAUCUGGGGUCAAAAACUAGGUCAUUAGGUACAAAACUAGGUCAAAUAAUAGAAAAACCUUGUGAAGACAAUAGAGGUCGCAGUUUUCGUCCAAUCUUUAUGAAAUUUGGUCAGAAUGUUUAUCUUGAUAAAAUCUGGGUUGGGAUUGUAUUUGGGUCUUCUGAGGUCAAAAACUAGGUCACUAGGUCAAAUAAUAGAAAAACCGUCAACAAUUUGUUUGUGUAGACAGUAGAGGUCACAGUUUUCAUCCAAUCUUUUUGAAAUUUGGUCAGAAUGUUUAUCUCUAUGAAAUCUGGGUUGGGAUUGUAUUUGGGUCAUCUGGGGUCAAAAACUAGGUCACUAGGUCAAAAACUAGGUCACUAGGUCAAAUAAUAGAAAAACCUUGUAUAGACAAUAGAGGUCACAGUUUUCAUCCAAUCUUUAUGAAAUUUGGUCAGAAUGUUUAUCUUGAUGAAAUCUGGGUUGGUAUUGUAUUUGGGUCAUCUGGGGUUAAAAACUAGGUCACUAGGUCAAAUAAUAGAAAAACCUUGUGUAGACAAUAGAGGUCACAGUUUUCAUCCAAUCUUUAUAAAAUUUGAUCAGAAUGUUUAUCUUGAUAAAAUCUGGGUUGGUAUUGUAUUUGGGUCACCUGGGGUCAAAAACUAGGUCACUAGGUCAUAUAAUAGAAAAACCUUGUGUAGACAAUAGAGGUCACAGUUUUCAUCUAAUCUUUUUGAAAUUUGGUCAGAAUGUUUAUCUUGAUGAAAUCUGGGUUGGGAUUGUAUUUAGUUAGUCAGGUGAGCGAUUCAGGGCCAUCAUGGCCAUCUUGUUUGAAAUUGGGGUCUCUAGGUCAAAGGUCAAUGUCACUUUCUUUAGUUUCACAAUAAGUGUGAAAAAAUCGUUUCUGAUCAAUAACUUGUCAACAAAUUGGUUGAUAGGCUUGAUACUUCCUAUGUGCAUUGGGCGUGGGCAGUAGAUGACCCCUAUUAAAAUUCGGGUCAAUAGGUCAACGUCAUAAUAAGUGUGAAAAUCGUUUCUGAUCAAUAACUUUUUAUCAAAUCAACCAAUUGGCUUGAUACUUCCCAUGUGCAUUGGCCUUGGACAGUAGAUGGCCCCUAUGGAAAUUAAGGUCACUAGGUCAAAUGUCAAGGGCACUGUCACAGUAAGUGUGAAAAAUCAUUUGUGAUCAAUAACUAGUCAACUAAUUGACCGAUUGGCUGUAUACUUUGCAUGUGUGUUGGCCUUGGACAGUUAAUGACCCCUAUUGAAAUUAGGGUCACUAGAUCAAAGCGUAGUUUUUGGGGGCAUAUGUCUCUGAGAGCAGAGCUCUUGUUCAGUUACGUGUCCUAAUGAUCUACCGGUGUUUUGUACAUUGUAGAUAUAUUUUUUUAUAGAUUGUGUCCCAAUAACUUCCAAUUAUUCUCAUACACAUAGUUUUAAAAUCAUGUCCCAAAUAUCUCUCAUUAUUAUCGUACAUUGUCGUUUGUUUUGACUAUAUUUUUUAUACAGAGUCUUUUGUUCCUUCAUGCAAAAUGAAUUUUGUCCACAAACAGAUUCCACAUGUACCAGAAUGUGACCUGAUUUUGCAUAUGUUUUGAAUGCUUAAAGGGGCCUUUUCACAGAUUUUGGCAUUUUUUUAACUUAUUCAUUAAAUGCUUUAUAUUGAUAAAUGUUAACAUUGGAUCGUAAAAGCUCCAGUAAAAAAUCAAGAAAAAAAAUUAAAAAAGGAAAAGAACAUUGCCCGGAGCAGGUUUCGAACCAGUGACCCCUGGAGUCCUGCCAGAGUCCUGAAGUAAAAACGCUUUAGCCUACUGAGCUAUUCCGCCGAGUACACAUUCGUGACGUAUUUUAUACCUUAUAUAAGCAAUCUUCGUAGUUUCACAAAAUUUAACGACAAAAACAGAACUCUCCAAAUUAUUCAAUCGUUUCGCGUUGCAACGCUUUAUAAUUUUUAGGUUUUAAAAUCGUCAAAAGAUGCAUAUAAUGGCUAUAUUAGAGCAUGGUUAAUGUUCAGUAUUACUGUUUCCUCACAAAUAUCAUAACUAAAACGAAAACUUACGAAUCUGAAACAACUUUUUUCAAUUUUGUCAAUUUACCAAAGCGUGAAAAGAUCCCUUUAAGACUUACAUUUAUUGGUUAUUGAUAUUUAUUGUUCAAAUCUGCAUGAUUCCAAUGUUGUUGUUUUUUUAAUUUAUUGCUUAUGAGAUAAACAUGUGGUAUAUUUGUAUGUAAUUUGAUUUAAGCUGUUCAAUGUUAUUUUCAUUAUGAGAUUAACAUGUGGUAUAUUUUUAUGUAAUUUGAUUUAAGCUGUUCAAUGUUAUUUUCAUCUUUAUGUAGAUGUUCAGAUAUGCUGAACAAAAAUCAUGAACAUAGGGAUAUUCUCAUUUUUAAAAUAUAAGAAGUACAUGUU